AUGUCAUCGUAUCAGAAGGAACUGGAGAAAUACAGAGACAUAGAUGAAGAUGAGAUCCUAAGGACCUUGAGCCCUGAGGAGCUAGAGCAGCUGGACUGCGAGCUACAGGAGAUGGACCCCGAGAAUAUGCUCCUGCCAGCUGGACUACGACAACGUGAUCAGACAAAGAAGAGUCCAACAGGGCCCCUGGACCGGGAUGCCCUUUUGCAGUACCUGGAGCAGCAGGCACUAGAGGUCAAAGAGCGUGAUGACUUGGUGCCCUUCACAGGCGAGAAGAAAGGGAAACCCUAUAUUCAGCCCAAGAGAGAAAUUCCCGCACAGGAGCAGAUCACCCUGGAGCCUGAACUGGAAGAGGCACUGGCCAAUGCCACAGAUGCUGAAAUGUGUGAUAUUGCAGCAAUUCUGGGCAUGUACACUCUGAUGAGCAACAAGCAAUACUAUGACGCCAUCUGCAGCGGAGAGAUUUGCAACACGGAAGGCAUCAGCAGCGUGGUGCAGCCUGACAAGUACAAACCAGUGCCAGAUGAGCCCCCAAAUCCCACAAACAUCGAGGAGAUCCUAAAGAGUGUUCGAAACAAUGACAAGGAGCUAGAGGAGGUGAACCUCAAUAACAUACAGGACAUCCCGAUCCCCAUGCUAACAGAGUUAUGUGAGGCAAUGAAGACAAAUACCUACGUCCGGAGCUUCAGUCUGGUGGCCACAAGGAGUGGUGACCCCAUUGCCAAUGCGGUGGCAGACAUGUUGCGUGAGAAUCGUAGCCUCCAGAGCUUGAAUAUUGAAUCCAACUUCAUCAGCAGCACAGGGCUCAUGGCUGUGCUGAAGGCAGUUCGGGAAAAUGCCACACUCACUGAGCUCCGUGUAGACAACCAGCGCCAGUGGCCUGGCGAUGCAGUGGAGAUGGAGAUGGCCACUGUGCUGGAACAGUGUCCCUCCAUUGUCCGCUUUGGCUACCACUUUACACAGCAGGGGCCACGAGCUCGGGCGGCCCAGGCCAUGACCCGGAACAAUGAACUACGUCGCCAGCAAAAAAAGAGAUAA